AUGUCUACCUCUUCACAGCCACCCCAACACAUCCUCAUAAUCGGCGCCGGCGAAUUCGGCCUCGCCACCACCCUCGCCCUCCUGCGCCGCUCCUCAUUCUCCACAACGACACGAAUAACCCUCCUCGACGCCUCGCCGCAACUCCCAAACAUCCACGGCUCCAGCGUUGACGCCUCCCGCAUCAUCCGCCCGGACUACGCCAACCCGGUGUACGCGAAGCUCGCUGCUGAGGCGCAGCGGCUGUGGCGGGGGAAAGGACAGGAUCAGUGGGGUGGGCAGGGGCGGUACACGGAGAGCGGGUUCUUGCUGGCUGCUGACUGUCACGAUGGUCGGAGUCUGGAAACGCGAGAGGAGGGGUAUGUUGUGCCGGACGGGGAGAAGUAUGUCGCGAAGAGUUUGGAGAACGUGAGGAAGUUGAUGAAUGAGGAUGGGGCGGAAGCGGAGGGAUUGGGCGAGGGUAGGGACAGGAGGAAGGGCGUGCAGGAGAUCAAGGGUGGGGAGGAGGCGAUGAGGGUGGCGGCGGGGCUGAGUGAGAAGGGGAGGGUGGGGGGAUUGGGGGCGGUGGUCAGGUUUGCGUUGGGGAAGGUGCGGGAGGAGGAUGAGGAGGGGAGGAGGGUGAGCAUAAGGACUGGGGCGAAGGUGAGGAGGUUGCUGAGUGAGAAGGAGGGGAAGGGGAGUAGGGUUGUUGGUGUUGAGCUUGAGGGGAAGGGAGAGGGUGAGAAGAUCUUUGCGGAUCUGGUUGUCGUUUCGGCGGGCGCGUGGAGUCCGAGUCUGGUUGAUCUGCAGGGACGGGCAGUCGCGACGGGCCAGAUUCUGUCGUAUUUGCAGAUUACAGAUGCGGAGAGGGAUAGGUUGAAGGAUAAUCCGACGGUUAUAAAUUUGAGUCAGGGCAUGUUUAUGAUUCCGCCCAAGGGGAAUGAGUUGAAGAUUGCGAGGCAUGGAUUUGGGUAUAGGCAUAUGGAGAGCGUUCGGGAGGGUGAUGUGCUUGUUGAUCAGGAAGAUCUUGAUCCUGCUGGUGUUGAGUCACCUGAUGGCAGGGCCUUGAGGGUCAGCGUGCCUGUGGUGGGGAUUCCGGCGCCGCUGGAGGGCCAGCAGGCUUGUCGGGCGGCGCUGAAGCAGAUGCUGCCUGAGAUGGGCGAUCGGCCGUUCACGAAGACGAGGAUUUGUUGGUAUUGCGACACGCCAGAUGGAGACUUUUUGAUUGAUUGGCACCCGAAGCAUAAGGGACUGUUUCUGGCGACUGGUGGGUCGGGACACGGGUUCAAAUUCUUCCCUGUCAUAGGCGAAAGGAUUGUUGAUGCGGUGGAGGGCAAGUUGGACCCGGAGUUGAGGCAGGCUUGGUCGUGGCGGAAGGAGCGGGUCGUGGAUUUCCACAGCUGCGAGGACGGGAGCCGGGCUGGGCCUAGGCGGAUGGACCUGGAAGAGGAACUCUUAAAGGGGAACUCAGGCGGCAGCUGA